AUGAAAACAAGAAAAUUGUGCAUAAAUGAAUGUAUUCCAUAUGUACAAAAAUAUGAUUGGGGUGAAGGAAAGGAAGGAAUGGUUUAUGAUGUUAUGAAAAAUAUAGUAAGUGAUAAUUAUGAAAUAAUUAAAAAGAAUAUAAAUAAUUUUGAAUAUUUAAAAGAAUAUGCUGAAGAUAUAGAAAAAGAUAAUAACAAUAAUAAUAGUAAUAAUAAUAAUAAUGAUGAAAUAGAGAAGAAUGAGAAUAAAUUAAAAAAAGAGACAAUUGAUAACACACCUCGAUAUGCUGAACUAUGGAUUGGGAACCAUGAAAAUGGUCCCAACUUAAUUCGCUACAAAAAUGGCUUUGUAAAAAUCGGAGAAUUUAUAGAUAUAUAUAAAAAUAAAAAAAUUAAAAAUAAUAAAAUAUCAAAAUAUUUUUAUAGAAACCAAGAAGGAAAAAAUAAGGAAGAUAGUACCAAUGAUGACAAUUCUAAUUUAAAUGGAAAUAACUCAAACGUUAAUAAUAGUGUAAAUAAUGAAUCGAAUAGUGAAAAUAAAAGAAAUUCUAUAGCUUCAGAUAUAGCUGGAAAUAAUAAUAAAAGAGAAGAUAAUUUUAAGAGAUAUUCUGACGGAGAUUGUAAAGAUAUAUCAUAUAAUAAUACUAACGAAUCAUAUAACAGUAUUAGUAAUAAGAAUGGUCAUUUAUUAAAAGAAGGAUUUCAAGAAAAUAAUGAUUUAUUUCCAUAUCUUUUUAAAAUGCUUUCAAUAAAUAAACCACUUAGUAUUCAAAUUCAUCCAAAUGAGGCUCAAACAUUAUAUUUGAAUACUGUGAAUCCAAAUGUUUAUAAAGAUAAAAUUUUUAAAACUGAAAUGUGUGUAUGUAUUAAUUCUAUGAGUUUAUUAUGUGGAUAUAUUAAUAUAUUUAAAAUCUCGUUUUUGAUAAAAAAUAUAAAGGAGCUCUAUGAUUUUUUUAUGAGGAAAGACAAUAAUAGCCCUGAUGCAUGUGAUAAUGAAAAUGAUAUAAAAAUGGACAAAAGAGAAAAUAGUAAUGAAAGUUAUAAAAGGGAUAAUAAAAAAAUAUUAUUAAAUGAAGAGUCAGAAGGAAAAUCGAAAAAUCACGAACCAGAUGAAUAUGCACGAAAAAAAAAUAACAACAAUAACAACGAAGAUAGCAGCAGAGACUUAUUUACUUUAUUCGAUUUAUUUGAUACGAAUAAAAACGAACAUAUAGAAAAAGUUGUAAAUUGUUUUUCUAGAAUUUAUAAAUAUAUAAUUAAUUAUUCUAUAAAAAGAUAUAAUGAAGCUAAUUGUGAUAUUAUAUCUAUAAUUGAUAAUUAUGCAGAGUGUAUACAAAAAUAUGUUUUUUAUGAAGAUUUCUUUCGUAGUUUUUAUAAAAAUGAAAAUUUGCCGAAAGAUAAUAUAAAUAUAGGUAAUAUUAUAAAAACCGAAAAGGAAAAGUUGAUCGAAUUUUUUAAACAAAAUAAAAAUAUUCCUGAUAUGAUCGACUCAGAUGUAGAAAAAUAUAUAAAUAAUAUAGAUGAAAGUGAAGCACAAAAUGAAACUCCUGAAAGUAAUGAAAAUAACUCUACAAUGAGUAUAAAUAACGAGAAUUUCUUUACAAGUAUGAAAAAAAUAAAAUCACUUUAUGAACAUUUUUACAAAUAUUUAACAUAUAGAAUAUUCUUAGCAGAAAACGAAGUGUUAAACAAAUAUAUGAUUUCUAUUAUUACAAAAAAUCCAAAAUAUUCUUCCUAUAUAAAAAUUAGAGAAAAAUUAAAAAAAAAUGUUGACGAAUUAUAUAUAGAUGCUUGUAAAAAAAAAAAUUCAGAAAACUUAUCUAAAGAAGCAGAAAAUUAUAUUAUAAAUAAUAUCUUUGAAAUAUUAACUAAUGUUUCUAAAUUUUAUCCAAAUGAUAAUGGAAGAAUAUUUGUUUUCAUAUUACAACUAAUUAAUUUAAAAGAUGGUGAUGUUAUAUAUAUCAAACCUGGAGUUAUGCAUUCAUAUAUUUCAGGCAAUUGCUUAGAAUGUAUGACCAAUUCCGAUUUAGUUAUAAGAGGUGGCCUAACAAGUAAAGCAGUUGAUAAAGUAAAUUUUAUAAAAUAUGUUAAUUAUAAAAAUAACCAUCCUGUAAUUUUAGAAAAAGAAUUUAUUAAUUAUAAUAUUAUAUCAUGUAGUUAUAAAAACAUGAAAUAUUUCAAAAUUCUAUUUGUUAAAAUUAGACCAGGAGAAAUUGUCAAUUAUAUGUUUUCAGAAACAUCUUUUACAUCUUGUAUUAUCCUUUCCUCAAAUACAAAAACACAAUUAAAAGGAAGAAAAAAAGAAAAAAAAAAAGCAAGUAUCAAAUCAAUAAAAAAAGGAACAAUUUUUGUAAUUGCCCCUAAUAUUAUGGUUACUAUGUCAAAUCUAUAUGAAAAUAAAGAAGAUGGAGAUAAAGAUUUUGUUUUAUAUUGUGCUACAGCAUAA